CGCAAGUAUAAAUACUCAUCAUCAGAACUACAAGAUAUAUAAUUACCAACCAUGAACAAUAUCAAUAUCUUUCUAUUCGGUCUUUUUCUUCUUCCUCUAUUAGCCUCUUGUGAAGAAAAAAACGUCUACAUAGUUCAGUUUCGUGGACAAAAUGGAAAAAAAGCAUUGCAUGAGAUAGAAGACACCCACCAUUCAUAUUUGCUCUCUGUGAAAAACAAUGAGGAAGAAGCUAAGGCUUCUCGUCUUUACAGUUACCAAUACAGCAUCAAUGGCUUCGCCGCAGUGCUCACUCCUGAUGAAGCCUCCAAACUUUCAGAAUUGGAAGAAGUUGUAUCAGUGUAUAAAAGCGAACCAGGAUUGUACACAUUACAGACAACAAGAUCAUGGGAAUUUGUAGGCUUAAACGAGGGGGGAGAAGGAUUAAAAGAGGGAGAAGAAGGAGGAAGAGGAAGACAUAACUACAAGAUGGGAGAAGGCCUCUUAUCAAAAGCCAAAUACGGACAAGAAGUAAUAGUUGGCGUCUUGGAUAGUGGUAUAUGGCCAGAAUCAGAGAGCUUUAAUGACGAAGGAAUGGGACCUGUUCCAAAAUCAUGGAAGGGAAUCUGCCAAACUGGGGUUGCUUUUGACUCUUCUCACUGCAACGGCAAGAUCAUUGGAGCUAGGUACUACUUGAAAGGUUAUGAGCAUGCAUUGGAGGGGCGCCUUAAUGACACAUUGGACUACCGUUCGCCACGUGACAUGAACGGCCAUGGCACCCACACGGCGUCCACCGUGGCUGGCCUCCGUGUCGCUAACGUUUCUGUUUUUGGGCUUGCACGUGGCACUGCCACCGGGGGUGCCCCGUUGGCCCGCCUAGCCAUAUACAAAGCCUGUUGGGCUGUCCCUCAGGAAGGGAAGGUCGUUGGCAGCACAUGUUUUACAGAAGAUAUGUUGGCGGGCAUAGACGAUGCCAUUAGGGAUGGAGUUGAUGUGAUGAGUAUCUCAAUUGGGUCCUCAAGACCUGACGCUUUUGCUCAAGAUGCUAUAGCUAAUGGUGCAUUACAUGCGGCCAAAAAGAACAUUGUGGUCGCUUGUGCAGCUGGAAAUUCAGGUCACCCGGCUAAAUUGUCCAACUUUUAUCCGUGGAUGAUCACAGUUGGUGCUAGCUCCUUGGACCGUGAUAUCUUGGGGCCUCUCGUGUUAGGAAAUGGCUUGAAAAUCAUGGGAGCAACAACUCCUUACGGGCUCGAGAAGAAACAUCCAUUAGUAUAUGCACCAGAUGUGGUUGUUCCUGGAGUUGCCAAGAAUGAAUCAGCGCAAUGCCUCCCGGGUUCUCUUGAUCCUAAAAAGGUAAAAGGAAAAGUGGUUUUGUGCAUGAGAGGGCUUGGAAUGAGAGUUGGAAAGGGGAGAGAAGUGAAGAGGGCUGGAGGUGCAGGUUAUAUAUUAGGAAACACUGCAGCUUCUGGAGAUGAACUGCCCUUUGAUCUUAAUGUCCUUCCAGGAACUGGAGUGUCCUCCAAUGAUGCCAAUAAAAUUAUUCAAUACAUCAAAGCUACCAAGAAUCCAACAGCGAUUAUCAAUCGUGGAAAAACAGUGUUCAUCUCUAAGCCUGCCCCAUCCAUGGCUUCUUUCACUAGUAGGGGUCCUAAUCCAAUUGAUCCUAAUCUUCUCAAGCCUGACAUCACCGCUCCAGGAUUGAAUGUAUUGGCAGCAUGGAGCGAGGGAGAGUCAAUUACAAAAUUAUCUAACGAUAAGCGAUUUGUUAAGUAUAAUUUUGAUUCAGGAACUUCUAUGGCUACCCCUCAUGUGGCUGCUGUUGCUGCACUUCUCAAAGCUGUGCAUCCUAAAUGGAGCAGUGCUGCUAUAAGAUCUGCCAUCAUGACCACUGCCGGAUUGAGGAACAACAAGGGCAAGCCAAUAACAGAUCAACUGGGCAAAAUCGCAACUCCUUUUAUGUUCGGAUCAGGCCAUUUUCGUCCUACAAAAGCAGUAGACCCUGGUCUUGUAUACGAUGCUUCACACGAAGACUACCUUCUUUACCUUUGCAGCAUUGGAACAGAUAAACCAGAACCAAAAUUCAAGUGUCCAGAAAAUCCACCCUCACCAGUCAACCUCAAUUAUCCAUCACUUGCUAUUCCUAAACUCAAUGGCACUGUGAUUGUUAAAAGGACGGUCACUAAUGUUGGUGGUGAUGGCAAGAGUGUCUACUUCUUUAGUUCAAAACCACCGAUGGGAAUCUCUGUUAAGGCCACUCCGAGUGUGCUGUUCUUCAACCAUGUCGGCCAGAAAAAGAGCUUUACUAUUAAAGUGAAAGCAAGAGGUGGAAUGGCGAGAAAGUAUCUCAAAAAUGAGUAUGGCUUUGGGUGGUACUCGUGGAAUGAUGGACUCCACAAUGUUAGAAGUCUCAUGGCUAUAGCUUUAGCAUAAAGUAGCUUUUUUUUUUUUUUUU